UGUUGUUUGAGACUUAGUGGAGGCGGAGGCCGCGGUGAAAUCCUGCGGCUUCAAAAUGCGCGGGCAACAUCCGGGCACCUGGGGCCGUCGACCUAAGGGACGCCUGGUGACCUUCUUCGGGGCCCGCGGCCAUGCUGAAGUGCGGCAUGAACGGCAGUCAGUAUUUGGAAAAGCAAUCCAAGCUCUUUCACGAAUUAGUGAUGAGCUGUGGCUAGAUCCAUCUGAAAAGGGUCUUGCUCUAAGAUCUGUGAAUUCCUGUAGGUCAGCGUAUGGAUGUAUCCUCUUCUCUCCUGUGUUUUUUCAACAUUAUCAAUGGUCAACCUCAGCGGAAAUGAAUGAUAAUGACAAAGUGUCGAAUUUAAAUUGCAAACUGGGAAUGAAAUCAAUCCUGCCCAUCUUUAGAUAUCUGAAUUCCCUCGAAAGAAAUGUAGAGAAGUGCAAAAUAUUCACCAGAUCUGAUACAUGCAAAGUAGUUAUUCAGUUCUUCUGCAGACAUGGUAUUAAAAGAACUCAUAAUGUGUGUUUUGAAGAAAGUCAACCUUUGCAAGUUAUUUUUGAAAAGAACAUGUGCACUAAUACACUAAUGAUUCAACCAAGAGUGCUUGCUGAGGCAAUUGUUCUUUUUACAUCGAGUCAAGAGGAAAUUACCCUAGCUGUUACUCCACUAAAUGUUUGCCUUAAGAGUUCUAAUGAGGAAUCAAUGGAUUUGACCAAUUCUGUGUACAGUGAGAUGCUUGUUGGCCCAGAUGAGUUCGACAUCUUUCAAAUUGGAAUUGACACUGAAAUAACAUUUUGCUUUAAGGAACUGAAGGGAAUGCUGACAUUUUCAGAAGCUACACAUGCUCCUAUAUCUAUUCAUUUUGACGUUCCUGGGAAACCCAUGGCUCUAAGUAUUGAUGAUAUGUUACUGGAAGCUAACUUUAUUCUGGCUACCUUAGCUGAUGAGCCAAGUAGAGCAUCUUCUCCACAAUCGCUGUGUCUUUCACAAAAGCGAAAAAGGGCUGAUCUGCUACGUUCAGAUUCAAAGACUGGUGAAAACGUAACCAGCAAGGCCCUGCUAGAGAGUAUUUCAAGAAAAACAACACCCACAAGACUCGAUCCUACCGAUCCUGCCGAGACACGCCCAGACAUCCCCGCACUGGCAAACUGUGGGAGCCCAGUAAUGAGAAGGGCAGUGGGAGGCAUGAGCGAAGCAAUGGAAAGCAGCGUCAGCGAGGCCGCGAGAGUGCGGGGCUCUCCUUACCUCAGGAAGGUAAUGGGAAAGUGUUGAGACCUGACCGCCUCUCAGCCAAGGAUUCUCAUCACCUGCCUCCCCGUGCAGCCUUGCUGCCCCAGCCCACCCCCAAUAUCUGAAAAUUAAUUUCUUUACGUUCUCAGAGGGGAGAGGUAAAGCCAGUCUGAGGUGGAGACCGACUUAUAGAAUGUCAAUAUAAAAUAAUUACAUUGCUGAGUUAGUAAUUCCUAACAAAGUACACUCAAGAAGAGAUUUGGGUCACUUGUUUUUAACAACAAAUUAUUGCUUAGAGUACAGUUUAUCUUUGAAUACAAAUAAUAUACUAAAAUCAUAUAGUUUGUUCUAUAAAAUGUUUUCUAAUUUUUUUUAAAGGCAGCCUUUUAAAUAAACGGUGCUGGGAAACAUGGAGAGCCACAUGCAAACAUAUUUUCUAAUCUUGUUUUUCAAAUUUGCUUGGGAAAUCUUGUACUCCUACUAGGACAAAUGUAAAUUUCAUCCCCCGUAAAAUCACAAAUUCCUAUUUAGUAGAGUUCUAGUUAACAAUACAUUAUAUUACCAACAUUUUACUGAUGCUGUUAUUACUGGUUUGGAAAUAUAAAUUUCUUAGAAUUAGAAAUUUGAAAGGAGAAAUAAUUUUAGGCGUUAUCUCAUGCCAUAUGAAGACUUUUAGGAUAGUAGCUUCCACUUACCAUUCAGUCUGAUGCGUAAGUUCAUAGAUGUCCCGUUCGGUACCCAGCACUUAGGGGGAUUUUCUCUUCUUCUUAGUUACUAGCUUGACCAUAAAGUGAAAACCGCAGUCUGUCUUUUCAUUAUACAAAAACAUUUCCCCUUCCUGAUUUUUCUGUCACACAUAUUGUGCAACAACAUGAAAACAUUUUCUUGUGGUUUCCCCUCCCUAAACUUUACAUAAGAGGACCAAGGUCCUCACCCAGAAAGAGGGCAUGAAGAACUGUAAGCUCCACAAGCACUUUGCAGUGCUCUUCUACAGAUUUCCUAUCAUGCCACCAAAGUUCUAAAGAGAAAGUUCUAUUUUUAAAAGGAGUUAUUUUUCUUAUUGUGGUAAACUCCUACAAAACCGAAAUUAUAUUAUGGGUAAAUUAUUUAGACCCUUAACCUCUUUUACUUGAACCACAGUGAGCCUCCCACUUGGCCUCCAUGCCUCCAUGCGCCUCCGCCCUGCUUCUCCACAGUGUACGGGGAAAGUUCCUGCAAACCUUACAUCUACAAUGAGGUACGGGGCUUCAGAGCACUGGCUUUGGAGUUCAAAUUCCGAGGCUCAAGUCUCUGUUCUGCUACUUAGUAGCUGUGUGACUGGAACAAGCUACUUACCUUUACCUUAUCAGUAAAAUAGGGGUAAUAGCAACAGUGAGUAAAUAGAAAUGUAAAAAUAAAUUGCACUAAUACCCGGAGCUGGCACAUGGUCAGUGCUCAUGAAAUGUUAGUUACUAUUAUACAUCACUGUCCAGCUUUGAAAAGU